AUGCCGGGAGGCUGGCUCGCAGCAGGGGCGGGCUUUGCCUUCCACUUCCUCAACAGCAAGUGGCAGGAGGAGCGCAAGGCGCGCAUAGAGCGCGUCAACGCGCAGCUCCGCAACUUUUACGGCCCGCUGCUGGCCGCGGUGUCGGCCACCAAGAGCGCCUACGAUGCGCUCAUCACGCAGCACAGCCCAGACGGCUCCCAGGGCGCGUUCCAAGACGCGGUCCAUUCUGACCCAGGCGGCGUGGAGGCUGAGGCGUACCGCCUGUGGGUGCAGGCCGUGCUGCAGCCGCUGAACGAGCAGGCGGCCGCGAUAGUCAGCGACCACAUAGGUGCGGCAGAGCCCGCGCGUGUGCGCGCGGCAGGCCGGCGCUCGGGCGCGUGCACUCGGCGGGGCGGCGCCUGA